AACAGUCAAAUGAAAUUAGAAAUAUACGCAUUAUUGUUCGGAAUAGCUUCAGCUAGGGUAUUGAGGGUACCAGAGAACAAGGACAUUAACCAAUGUCCAAAGGAUUUGCCCGUUAGUUGCUCAUCCAGCCACGUUGAUAACGGAUGCUGUACGGAAACGAACGGUAUUAUACUGUUAACUCAGUUCUGGGAUUGGCAUUAUUCGCCAUACGAAGGUAGAGAAGACACUUGGACAUUGCAUGGGUUAUGGUCAGAUCACUGCGAUGGCUCAUACUCUCAGUUCUGCGAUAAGAGUAUGAUGUUACAUAACAUAUCAACAUCUAUCUUAGCGGCUGGUGAAACUGAACUCUAUAAUGAAAUGAAUGAAUUCUGGCUUGAUAAUAGAGGUCACAAUGAUUAUUUCUGGCAACACGAGUACAACAAACAUGGUACUUGUUAUUCAACUCUUAAGCCUUCCUGUCGUACGGACAACGGUACCUCUGUUAAUGUAUUGGUAGACUACUUCAAGAAGAUUGUAGAAACGUAUAAGGGAUUGCCUACAUACAGAUUUCUGGAGAAGAAAGGUAUUGUUCCUUCGUCUACUAGGAAAUACAAAUUCGCAGAUAUAAAAAGGGCAUUAAAGGAGGAAUUUGGACAUGAACCUACAAUCCAUUGUGAUGGUGGUGGUGAUAAGAUUCACGAAGUCUGGUACUCGUACAACCUCGUCGGACCACUCCUCUCAGGUAAACUCAUACCUAGAGAACCAGCAGCAAGAGACAAUUGUAAAUCAGAUGUCUACUACUUACCAAAACACCAAGCAAGAAGACAUCAGGUGGGAGAAUUCCAGGAAGAAUCAUUUACGAUAUCAGAAACAGAAAUUGAAUUGCUUAGAUAGUUCAUAAAUUCGAUGAUGUUGCAUGCAUGAUGAAAAAUGAAAACCUUAAUAAAUAUCC